GCCGCUGCCGGGGGCGUGGGGGGGGCGUGGGGAGGGCCGUCAGGGGCCAGCCGUCAGGGGCCAGCCAGCCAGCCAGCCUCUGUUGCAGCCGGGCUCCUCCAGCCCUCUCCAAAGCUCUCCAGCGCGCCGCUCAGGAAGAGGAGGGCGCGAUCUUGCCGCCUCCCUCCUCCGCAGGCGGCGGCGGGGGGAGGAGGAUGGAAAUACCUUUCUACCAUGACGAUGUGUUGAUCGCCUUGGCGGCCUCGGCGGCAGGCGCGCCGCCUUCCCCCCUCACCCGCAUCGGCAGCAUCGCUUUCCCCGACGGCUCCAGCAUGAUGAAGAAAGACGGGCUCUCCUUGGCGCUGGGCAGCGACCAGGUGGUGGUCUCGGGCCUCAAGGCCCACGCAGGGAGCGGCUCCGCGCAGCAGCAAAGUGGCGGCAGCAACGACGGCGCGGGGCUGCUCAGCUCCCCGGAUCUGGGCCUCCUCAAGCUGGCUUCCCCGGAGCUGGAGCGCUUGAUCAUCCAGUCCAACGGCUUGGUGACGACCACGCCGACCAGCGGCGGCGCCCAGUUCCACUUCCCCAAAGGCGGGGGAGGGGGCGGAGGCGCCCCAGACGAGCAGGAAUUCGCCGCCGGCUUCGUCAAGGCGCUCGAGGACCUGCACAAUCAGAAUCAGCUGGGCGGAGGCGGAGGCGGCCCCGUCGGGGGAGAGCUCCCGCCCGCCGCUAGCCUGGUCCCGCCGUCGCAGCAGCAAGGCCCGCCGGAGCCGCCGGUGUACGCCAACUUGAGCCCCUUCGCGGGGGCGGGCGGCUACUCGGCGGAGGGGCCCUACCAGGCGCACCCGCGGCUACCCCCGCUGCCGGCCCCGCCGCUGAAGGACGAGCCGCAGAUCGUCCCCGAGGUGGCCAGCUUCGGCGACAGCCCACCGCUGUCGCCCAUCGACAUGGACACGCAGGAGCGCAUCAAGGCGGAGCGCAAGCGGCUGCGCAACCGCAUCGCCGCCUCCAAGUGCCGGCGGCGGAAGCUGGAGCGCAUCUCGCGCCUGGAGGAGAAGGUCAAGAGCCUCAAGAACCAGAACACGGAGCUGGCCUCGACGGCCAACCUCCUCCGCGAGCAGGUGGCCCAGCUCAAGCAGAAGGUCCUUAGCCACGUCAACAGCGGCUGCCAGCUCCUGCCCCAGCAGCAGCAGCCCCACCAGGUGCCGGCCUACUGAGCCGGAGGACCCCGCUCCAAGGGCGCCCGGCCUGGACGGCAAAGUCGGCCCCGAGGGCGGAAGGGGAGGGUGGCCUGCAAAGCCUCGACGGCGGGGGGGGGGGCGCCGCCGCAAGCAAGAAGGGACUGCCUCGGCGGGGCGCGCGGCCCCUCACACUAACCUUCAGGUUGGAGGGGGAUCUUCUCGUCUCCCUUUGGGGACCCUGAUGGUGGGCACUGAAGGGUAUCCAGUUUGGAGGGAGCACCCAAGCACGGCCGGCGGGCCGCCCUCCCAAAAGCGGUGGGGGCGUGCACAGGAAGGGUGUCUCCUGGAAGAACUUGAGGGGGCAAGCCCUUUAAAUGCUGUUUUCGGAAGGCCUGGAAGAAACGGGGGCAGGAUUUUUUUGGGGGGGACGGUUUUGAAUGCUUCCCCCUGCAGUUUUGCCCGGUUUUUCCUUCUGGGUUCUGCUGUGGACUUUGCCCGGACUCUCUGUCUCCUACUCUUCCCCCCCUCCCCAAGUCCAUAGAUAAUUUCCUUCUGCCAUAUUUAUGUUAAUAUCAGUUCCCCUCUCUUUUCUUUUGGGGAGCAGGAUUCUUACCUGUUUUUUUGUUUUUGCCUUUAUAUAUAUAUAUAUAUAUCAUCACAUUCCAUUGUGCAGUAAAGUCCUGUGCAGGAGUUGAAAAAAAAA